UCGCUUGUUACUUUGUUUAUACAGUACUGUGUCCGGUGUAAAGUUCACGGCUGAUCUGGACAGCGUCAGAAUUUAAAAAUAUGAAAGAUCUGCGCUGUAACCUUGCUGUCGCUCUAUGUUUCUCACUUUAUGCCUGUUUGGUUUCUUCAAUCUUUGUUUAAUAUCUUCACACUUGGUCAGCAACUUCCCAGGAUCAGAAAGUAAAGCUGCAGAAGCGCUGCUGGUUUCUACGUAGCUGGCAUCCUGUCCUCACCGUCCGGGAUCUGUCCUUUGUACGAGGUCCUAACAUGGCAAGUCAUUUCCGGAGUUACAUAUGGGACCCUGUUCUCAUAAUCUACCAGAUCAUCCUCAUGCAGUGCAUCUACUAUAGCUUCCUAGGGCUAUGGUUGGCUGGGGUGGAUAGUUUGGUACAGAACAACCGUUCACUAGACCAGAUAUUCAGUUAUGAGGUUCUUGGGCUCGCUACACUUCAAGGCAGGCUGUCGAUGAUGGCCUUCAUCCUCAACUCUCUCACAUGUGCAAUUGGUCUGUGGUUUUUCAUCCGCCGUGGGAAACAGUGCCUGGACUUCACUGUCACCGUCCACUUCUUCCACAUGAUUGGUUGCUGGAUAUACAAUUCCCACCUCCCUGUCGCCCUCUCCUGGUGGCUUGUGAACAUGGCAUGCAUAGCACUGAUGGCGGUCAUUGGAGAGUAUCUGUGCAUGAGAACAGAGCUCCGUGCCAUACCGGUGAACAGCGGAGCCAAAUCAAACCUCUGACAACCUACCUACAGCUCAGUGACAGUUGGGCUACCAGUGGACACUAAAGGAACAGUGAAGCAAUUUGCUGGAACAGCUUACUCGAGUUACAUGAAACUCGGGGUAACUUGGUAAUUCUGGGGUUUGUGCAACAAUAUUGAAAGAAACUAGAGGCACAUGGGGAAAUGGAUUAAGUGAAUGUCAGGACAUAUCGCCAGGGAUUACUUUAAUGAUAUAUUCACAGUCCACAAUCACCAUCCAUAGGCAAUAGGUUUAUUUUUUGUAACAUUGCAGUAUUUAUGUAUAACAGUUUGCUGUGUUAAUCAAAGGAAUCCUUGUUUGCCCACCUACCUUAACUCUGACUUGUGAAUUGGGCACAAAAUUAGAUUUUGCUUAUUUUUGAGUUUAAUUCAGAAUUAAUUUUUGAACAUCUUCAAAUUAACAUUGGGAUAUAAAUUCAUCUCUAUCGUAAUGUAUCUGAUCUUUACACAUUGUUAUACUAGGAAAGCUUUUACCUACCAACUUCCAGGGUUGUCGUCUUUAUUUUUCUUUAAAAUUUGUUUUGAGGUGAUUGUUUCCUAGAAGAAACCAGCAUUCCUUUUUUGAUGAACUCAUUUCAGGGCAGCUUGUUAAGCAUUGGAUGAGAAUAUGCUUGACUGUCUAAUUGUUUAAUAACUCAAAUGCUAGAAGUGGCACUAGUGUUAAGGUACUGAAUUUCUCUAGUAAUUUAAAGUGUAAAAUUAUAAGCUCUUGAAGACUACUUGUAUAAAGCGAAUUUGCGAAGCAGCUAAAUAACAUAUAAUGCUUCCUGAACCGAUCGCACAUGAACAUCUUUCUAAUUGAUAAUCUGUUUUGAAAUCCAAUCUCAAAUGUUUUAUGUGCAGGUGACCCUGAUACCUGAACACUUCUCUAGUUGUAAAUGGACCUGAGCCUAAAUGGUUGCAUUACCACACACAUCACAAAAUGUAUCCAUGUGUCUGAUUUCUAUGGUUUCUGAGCAAAGGUUAAGGUUCUAUGAACUUGUGUUUUUCUCCAGAAGUACAGAUUUCAUGUUGUUCACGAGUAUGAAAAAGGUAUUAAGUCCAUACUUUUGUAAUUGCAGUUCUGUGUAGUGUUUUAUGUCUCCUUACUAUCUCAUGCCAUUUAUGAUUUGUCUGUUUUGGUAACGCUUAGUCCAGCUCGUUGGCAUAGAUUUUAUUGACAUAUAGACAAAAAAUCAGUGUUAAACUAUAAUCACGAGUCAAGUUUGUCACAUUUUAUGUUAAGUAAUGUUAAUUUGAAAGCUGAUAACUGCCUUUAAUUUAGGGCAUUUGAUGAAUGUUGCAAGAAAGUCACAGUAGCAUUGGCCAGAUGGAGAGCUCUUAGUUGCAAAUCUGUAAAUGAUCCAUUAAGCAGAUGAUCGAUUAAGAAUCUGCACCUUUAUGCUAUUGAUAGCUACAUAGUUGUUAGGCAGUAGACUCUCUGGACUGAUGGCUUUCACAUUGGGGUUCAUUCACUCAGGGAGCUCAUAGGGAGAUGUUGAAUAGUAACGCAUUUUGUACAGCUGGAAUGAUGGUCAUUUUUUGUAUUUUGGAGCUGGGUGAUGAGUAGCGUUAUCAACAUUGCAAAUUAUACACGUCGCAAGGACCACAAUAGCUGGGUUGAGAUUUGGCGGUAUUUCAUUUUUCAUACCAUAUAAUCCAGAUAUACUGCAGUACACGGCAAUGUUAUUUUGCAAUUUAGUUCUGGUAUAUUGUCCAGCAGAAUGGGGGUUUCCGACUAAAACGUUUUUACUACGUCAUAGGAAGCGAAGCUUGACAAGCUGAAUGGUUGUUUCUUUUCAGAAUUAUCUGUUAAAAAUCAGUGUUAGGAAUGAAUCAGUCAUACACGAUAAACCACAAUAAAAUUCCAGACGUAUCAGAUUUUUGUCAAUGAAAGCAUGAAAGCAGAAGACGAUGAUGGCACACCGGAGAGUUUUAAUGGUAACGCCCAUUUGGUAUGAUUUUCAUAGGCAGAGAAGUGCCUAAUGCUGCUGAUUUUUCGUGGUUGUCAAAUAUAAAACUCUGUGAAA